AUGUCCAGUGUUACGUCCCGACUAUCGGGCCUGCUGGGCCAUUUGACAGGGUCUCCGGCGCCAGCUCCUUUCGAGCAUCGCAUCAACCAUCACACGCUCUCACCGACAUUUUUCCUUCCUCGAGCGGCAGCAAUUGAACCGAAUGCCGAGGCAAUUUACCAUGUUACCGCAAACAACAAAAUCCUACGUCGAACUUACAGCGAGACCGCAGACCGCGCACGCGGUCUGGCAUAUUUCUUGAAGAAGAAGGGAUUCCGCAGAGUCGGCAUUCUUUGCCCAAAUACUCCGGCGUUCUUGGAAUCGAUAUUUGGCAUUGCCGCGGCCGGUGCGGUUAACGUUGCUGUCAACUACCGCCUAAAGCAAGAUGACAUCGCCUAUAUCUUUGACCACGGCGAUGUAGACGUGAUCAUUGUGGACCAGGAAUUUGUCCCCCUCCUUGAAACCUACCGGUCGCAACAUCCUAACGUUCCGAUUAUCUUGGAUACUGAUACCGAUGCCACCGAAGGCGAAUUGACGGGUCCCUUUGACGAUGCAGUGCUAGAAGGCUUGAAACACGACUCGGAGACCGGGGCACAGGGCUGGGCGGGUCUCGAAGCUCAAGCCGCCGAUGAAGAAUCCUUAAUUGCAUUGGCUUAUACCAGCGGCACUACCGCUAGACCUAAAGGUGUUGAAUAUACCCAUCGAGGCUGUUAUCUGGCAGCUUUGGGCAAUAUCAUCGAGUCUGGGUUGAAUUCCCACCAGGGACGGGCCAAGUAUUUGUGGACAUUGCCCAUGUUCCAUGCGAUGGGAUGGACCUUCCCGUGGGCAAUUACUGCGGUCCGUGGCACACACUAUUGUCUCCGCAAGAUCGACUACCCCGAGAUUUGGCGCCUACUGAAAGAAGAGCAUAUUAGCCAUUUCAACGCGGCACCGACAGUCAACACACUUCUGUGCAAUGCGAAAGAAGCCGAACGGCUUCCCGAGCCAGUUCGGGUUACUGUGGCAGCUAGUCCACCUACACCUCACCUUUUCGAGCAAAUGACCAACCUGAAUCUCCAUCCGGUGCACGUUUACGGCAUGACGGAGACGUAUGGACCGAUCACCAAGGGAUACUACCUCCCAGAGUGGGAUACUAUCCCGUUGAAAGAGAAAUACCAGAAGAUGGCCCGGCAGGGCCAUGGCUUCAUCACCAGUCUGCCCGUGCGGGUAAUCCAGACCGAGGUGCCCGAAGAUACGAUCACCGACGUCAAGCGAGAUGGCAAAGAGAUCGGUGAGAUCGUGUUCUUCGGAAACAUCUGCGCCAAGGGAUACUAUAAGGACCCCGAGGCGACUCGGAAGCUCUUUGCGGGCGGGGUGUUGCACUCGGGGGAUCUGGCUGUUUGGCAUCCCGAUGGUGCAGUCCAGAUUCUCGAUCGCUCCAAGGAUAUCAUUAUUAGUGGUGGCGAGAAUAUCUCUUCCGUGGCAUUGGAGUCGAUGCUCGCCACGCAUCCCGACAUUCUCGAGGCCGGCGUCGUGUCCGUUCCCGACAGCCACUGGGGAGAGCGACCGAAGGCAUUCAUCACGGUCAAAGAGGGCAAGAGUCUAGAGGGGGCUGAUGUGAUCAACUGGGCUCGGAAUGCCAGUGACAUCAGCAAGUUCAUGAUCCCACGUGAGGUCGAGGUCGUGGCGGAGUUGCCCAAGACUAGCACGGGCAAGAUUCGAAAGAACGUGCUGCGCGAGUGGGUGAAGGGAUCCGAUCGAAAUGUUGGGAACUGA